CCGCAACGUAGCGAGCAGUCGAUACCGCGCGCGGGAGGAGUGCGCUGGCCGCCGCCGAAUAUUAUUACGAGUACAGACUGGAGUGUAAGACAAAAUGCCAAACAUUAUAAACGAGGUGAAGCUGGACUUUAAAGAUGUGCUGCUCAGGCCCAAGAGGAGCACGCUCAAGAGCAGGAGCGAUGUGGACCUGUACAGAGAGAUCAAAUUCCGGAACUCGGGGCAGACCUACAGGGGUGUCCCCAUCAUGGCGAGCAACAUGGACACCGUCGGCACAUUCGAAAUGGCCAAGGAGUUGUCCAAGCAUGGUGUCUUCACGUGCAUUCACAAAUACUACAGUUUAGAAGAAUGGAAGAAGUUUGCAGAAGAAAAUCCGUCGAGUCUCGAACAUUUGGCUGCCAGCUCGGGCACAGGCGAGGCGGACUUCGACCGUCUGUCGGAGAUCCUCAACAACGUGAAGGAGGUGAAGUUCGUGUGCCUGGACGUCGCCAACGGCUACUCGCAGCACUUCGUCGAGUACCUGAGAAGAGUACGCGCAGCCUUCCCCACGCAUACUAUUAUAGCCGGUAAUGUAGUCACGGGAGAAAUGGUCGAAGAAUUAAUCCUUUCCGGAGCAGAUAUAAUUAAGGUCGGAAUAGGUCCAGGCUCAGUAUGCACGACGCGGAUCAAGACGGGCGUGGGCUACCCGCAGCUGUCGGCAGUCAUCGAGUGCGCCGACGCUGCGCACGGACUCAAGGGUCACAUUAUAUCGGACGGCGGGUGCACGUGUCCGGGCGACGUGGCGAAGGCGUUCGGCGCGGGCGCGGACUUCGUGAUGGCGGGCGGCAUGUUCGCCGGCCACGACCAGUGCGGCGGCGAGGUGGUCACUAAGCCCGACGGUCGGAAGGUCAAGCUGUUCUACGGCAUGUCCUCAUCCACCGCCAUGCAGAAGCACGCGGGCGGGGUUGCCGACUACCGCUCCUCGGAAGGCAAGACGGUGGAGGUGGAGUACCGCGGCGACGUGGCGGCGACGGUGCGCGACGUGCUGGGCGGGCUGCGCUCCGCCUGCACCUACGUCGGCGCCGCCCGCCUGCGCGAGCUGCCGCGCCGCGCCACCUUCAUACGGUGCUGCAGGCAAGCUAACGACGUAUUCUCUUAAGACACGACUGGAAUUGUAUGCCUUAGUACUUUAUAAACGUAAUAGAAGAAUUCUGCGAAACGGACAAAUGUUUUAGACAAUUAAUUUACAUAUCAUUUGUUACAUAGAAAUUAUUUUUGUCGCUUACACAGGAUAUGAGUUUUGAUCUGUAUUCUGAUGUUUUGAUACAAAAGAAGGAGGGAUAGUUGCUGGCAACAUACUUUUGACCUUCGUCAAAUACCAAAGCUAGAAGAUUCCUUUCCUUCGAUUUAAAAGUUUUCAUAUUAUGUUACUUUA